UUUCAAGUCUGCACAAAGCGAAGCGCGCUCUCAUGAUGGAGCUGGUAGGAAAAAAAUUGGAAACCCACCACUGCUUCCCACCCAAUGUAGUUCUACACCCUCCUCUUCCCCAGUUUAUCUUUUGACAAUCUCUGGAGCUCCGUUGCUCAGGUCAGGGAUGGAGGACAGGCUGCUCCACGGCUGGGCCGUGUGGUGUGAUCCAGGAAGCGGCCUCCACAGGGAAGUGGAUUGGGAGUGAUCCGAAAAUGCGGCUGCUUCUGAAAACGCGCCUUGCGGCCCAGGAACAAAGUGGUUUGCUUUGCUUCGUGAAUCGUAGCUCCGGAGAUCAUCGAAAGUUAAGUGGACAACGGCUGACUCAUGAUGACGGGCUGGCCUUCAAAGCCGAGGUGCUCCAAGCUCAGCGAGCGCUGUGUGAAAGCUUGGGGCUCAAGUGCACGGACGAGACGCUCCUCCACGCUCACCCGCAAGCAGCCUCCGUCGGCAGCCGGUACUUUGUACAACAACGAAGGCACGCCGAGAAUCCCGGGCAGGAAGAAGAGGCUUUGGCCGGAGAAGGCAGCUUCGAUGGUCCGGACGCCCCGACAGAUUCAUGUGACCGCCCGGAGGACAAAAUGUUCGUCUGCCCUGACUGCGGGAAACGUUUCCGCCUUUACAAGAGCCUCGUGUGCCACCAGAAAAGCCAUGCUGCAGCACCGGCGGCCUGCGAAAAGAGCUUCACCUACAAGCAGCAGUUCACCCUGCACCAGCACAUCCACACCGGGGGUGGAGGAUAUACCUCGGUGGCCUGUGAGGAGACCUUUAAGCAAAGCCAUAAUUUGAAGCCCCUUCCUCGGGGGCCGGGAGCAGACAAACCGUACGGGGGCGCCAAGUGCAUGAAGACUUUCAAUGUCAAAUCAUCCUAUCGGCAGCACCCCAAGAGUCAUGGGCGUGAGCGACCGUACCGCUGCAGCCGGUGCCCGGAGAGUUUCUCCCAAAAGAAAAGCCUUGUCACACACCAGCGGCUCCACUCUGGGCGUGGCGGCAGCUCCUUGGCCUGCCUCUAUUGCGGCAAGAACUUCAGCCAUCCCUCAGACCUGGUCCGGCACCAGCGCAUCCACACUGGAGAGAGGCCCUACCGUUGUGAUGAGUGCGAUAAAAGCUUCACCCAGAAGCAACAUCUUCUCCAGCACCAGAAAAUCCACCUGCGUGAGCAGAACAGGCUGAUGGGUACAGCUGUCCGGGAAGCCCUGUUGGACGCCAUCUUCAUUUAGUCCAGUCCUGCGAGGACACCAGGCUACCUCAAAAAGGCAUGUCCUGGACAGACUCCCCCUCUCUAGCCUGGGGUUCAGAUUCCCAGACAUUGGCACUCCAUCGUAGCAAGGACAUUUUUGUACGGGGUUUCUAACUAUGCUUCCGAAUGGCAAAAGCUAAAAAAAAGGGGUAGUAGCCAAGGACUUCCAGGAUUGUCGUUUCGGUCUUCUUUGCAGUGUACAAUACUGUAGGUAUUGUGUUUUCCCCUAACCACAAGGUCUCCACGUCAAAGUCCUGGAGACGUGGCGACUGUACAGAGGCGAUCUCUUGGUUCGCUGUUGGGUGAACUCAAAUGGGUCUGAGCAGGACACAAUUUUUUAAACGUAUAUUUUCUGGAUUUCUUUUUUUUCUUUGUUGUUCUGUGGAAACUUGAGAAAUAAACUA